UAGUCAAGUGACAGCCAUAUUGUUCAGCUUCACAACUCAUUCAAGUGUGAAUAGAACUACAUUACCCAUAAGACAUGAGUAAAAAAAAAUCACUUUGUAUUCCAGCUGGAUGAUCUCACGGCAAACUGACUUCCCCUCUUAAUCUAAGACCCGAACAAGAGGAAAUCAUGGACGAAAAAGUUUUGAAAAUUGGAUUUAUCCUGUACUUACUUUGAUUUAAGUACAGUGCAUCCAUAAAAUUGUAUGCACACCAAGUUGGAAAUAUUUAAAUGUAACCUCAAUGGUUGAGUAUGAGGAAUUAACGGGCUCGGUCCGUUAUCACUUGUAUUAGACUUUGCCGGGUAAGGGGUAAAAAAUGUCUGGGGAUGAUGACGGGUAUCCCGAGGCGCAGCUGGUCACAGAGUCCGGACCGAACUGGCUCCGUGCUGAGAUUGAGCGUUUGUCCCGGGAACUGAGCGAGACGACCCGGGAAAAGAUUCAGGCGGCGGAAUACGGGCUGGUGGUGCUGGAGGAAAACCAGCAGCUGAAACAACGCUUUGAAGAUCUAGAAAGCGAACAUGAGACCGUCAGACAAGAGCUGGAUCAACUCAGAGAGGCAUAUGGUCAGGUUCACUCCACCCACAGAAAGGUGGCUGCAGAUGGGGAAAGCAGGGAGGAGUCCCUCAUCCUGGAGUCGGCAUCUAAAGAGGCGUAUUAUGAGCAAAGAAUGCUGGAACUACAGACUGACCUGAGGCAAACGAAAAACACUCUCACCAGCACUCGGGCAGAGAAUGAACGUCUGGCCACCCUCACACUGCAGCUGAGAGAGAAUAAUGACAUAGUGGAGAUGAAAUGCAGUCGUCUAUGUGACGACAUCCGGGAGUACAAGAUCCGAGAGUCUCGUCUGCUGCAAGACUACACAGAACUGGAGGAAGAGAACAUCAGCUUGCAGAAACACGUCUCCACCCUCAAACAGGGUCAGGUUGAGUUUGAGGGACUCAAGCACGAGAAUCGGCGCUUGGAAGAGGAAGUUCAGUUCCUAAACAGCCAGCUAGAGGAUGCCAUUCGGUUACGUGAGAUAGCUGAGCGCCAGCUAACAGAGGCACUAGAAACUGUGAAGACUGAGCGGGAGCAGAAAGCAGCCCUUCGGAAAGAGUUGGCACAUCAUAUGACCCUGGGGGACUCACUCUUUGCCAGCUCAUUAGAUGGACUUAAAUUGAGUCCAGAUGAACCUAAUAACGAUGAUGCCAUUCUGACAUUUGAAAAUGGAUUUGCUAAAGUCUGUGAUGGUAAUGAUGAAGAUAACAGAUUGUCCACACCCAAGAGAGGUGAAAAUUUCCAUCCCGCUCCAAGUUUGGUGGAUGACUUGUUGAGCGAGCUGAACAUCUCUGAGAUCCAGAAACUCAAGCAACAGCUCUUACAGGUAGAGCGAGAGAAGGUGGCUCUGCUCACCACUCUACAGGAUUCUCAGAAGCAGUUAGAGCAUGCUCGAGGAGCAUUAGCCGAGCAGCAGGAAGCUAUGACGAGACUUAGCGAUGAUUUGGGUGCCAUGAGGAGACUACAGGCAGGCAAGGAGCGUCGAUCGGCCCUGGACAGUGAGCGAGAGAGGGACAGUCGAGAGGACAAUGAUGUGGAUUACUAUGAGCUGGAUAUCAAUGGGCCAGAGAUACUACGCUGCAAGUAUGAAGUAGCCAUAGCGGAAUCUAGCGAGCUGAGGGAGGAACUUAAGGGUUUAAAGGUGGAACAUGAUGAGAUUAAGGCAGAGCAUGAGGAGGUACGGGGACGACUGGAGGGACAGGUACAUGACCUCAGUAUCCAAGUAUCUCAGUUGGAGAGCAGCAGCCGUGCAGACCGUGAACAGGUCGCUCGGCUUGAGAAGGAGCUAAAGGAAGUGAGUGCAGUUGCGGGCGAGACAGAGGGCAGUCUUAGUGUUGCCCAGGAUGAACUUGUCGCCUUUAGUGAAGAGCUUGCCAACCUCUACCACCAUGUCUGCAUGUGCAACAACGAAACCCCGAAUCGCGUCAUGCUUGAUUUUUAUAAAGAGGGUAAAGGAAGCAAGACUGAAUGUAAAGAUAGGCAAUCUCCAUUGACACUAACCAAUGGCAGAACAACCCAGGCACCUGAGAUCAACUUCACCACCAUGAACAGCUCUGCUUCUGGGACCUCAGUCAGAGAAGGCCCACGUCCAGAGCCAAUGGACAUCUACAACCUUGUAGCAAUAAUUCGGGAUCAGAUCAGUCACUUACAGAAGGCGGUAGACCGCACCACGGAGUUGUCAAGGCAAAGAGUUGCCUCUCUGGAGUUGGCUGCAGUUGCAGAUAAAGACCAAGCUGCAUGCAUGGAGGAGAUUUUGAAGCUCAAGUCCCUGCUGAGCACUAAGAGAGAACAGAUUGCCACGCUGAGGACUGUCCUCAAGGCCAACAAACAUACAGCAGAGGUGGCCCUGGCUAACUUGAAGAGCAAAUACGAAAAUGAGAAGACCAUUGUCACUGAGACCAUGAUGAAGCUUAGGAACGAGCUGAAGGCCCUGAAAGAAGAUGCCGCCACAUUCUCCUCUCUCAGGGCUAUGUUCGCCACCAGAUGUGAUGAGUAUGUAACACAAUUGGAUGACAUGCAGAGGCAGCUGGCUGCAGCAGAAGACGAGAAGAAGACUCUAAACUCCCUCCUGCGUAUGGCGAUCCAACAAAAACUUGCCCUCACCCAGCGACUUGAGGAUCUGGAGUUUGACCACGAGCAAGCCCGACGAGGAUCCGGUGCUGGGCCAGGUGGCCGUGGGAAAGCGUCAUCUGGGCGUGGCAGAGGUCCCUCUUCGUUUUCCAGCCCCCAUUAAUUUUAUUAGCCCUGGAGAAUAGCCCCAAAAUGAUAAUUUCCUUCUUCAAACUAUGCUAAAUGUCCAAGAAUUCACAAACAUCCCUGGUCCAAUUUUGGAAAUGAGAGAUUUGUCCCUGGAUGUGAUUGCAAGAAAAACAGGCUCACAUUUACAGGAAGAUGGUCUACUAUGUAAUACUUAUUCUGACUGUUACUGUGGUAAUGUUCUUCUUUUGUUGAUCUGUUUUCUUUUGCUUUGUUUUUGUUUAAUGUAACUGUGCACCUUCGGUGCAUUGGUUAGUAUUAUGUAAGAGAUGCACAUUUCAGUAUACUUAGCCCAUGUCAAAUUUUAUGUAUUUAAUUGAAGAAAUAAUAUAAGAACUAUUGUUUGUUUAUAGUAUUAUAAAAGUAAAUGUUUAACUGCCCGGUUCUAAGCAUAAUCCAGGAAGAACAAAAUAUGCAAAAUAGGCCUGUAUAUGUUUCUUGUUCUUUUGAAUAGCCAAACAUUAUGACAUUAUGACACUAAAAGAACAGAUUUUGACUUGGUCCUGAAAAUUUUGGAGCCAAUUUUCAGAGUUGUUCACAGAUGUUUUAAAUUCACAACAAAUACAAUAUAUAUACAAAUAUAUACAUAUAUAUACAUAUUAUAAUUAUAAUUGCAAAUUCAAAUUUCUACUUUCUUUUGCCAAAUACUGCAAUAAGGUCAGCUUUUUUUGUAUUUUAAAAUGCAAAACAUAUCUGUUUUUAGACACUGACUUAACUAAAAUCUGUUUUGUAUAACCCUCAUAAGACCUCCUGUGCCUUUAUGCAGUUAUUGCAAGGUUUUUGUUUUCAGUAAGAAAUUUGAGAGCCAUAGUCUUAAGUUCUCUGUCAGUCUCACUACAGAUCUAGCCCAUUUGGCUCAGUAACUCUGACAUAUUGCCAGUAUGGAAAGAUCAAAUUUAGACUGAAAUAAAGCACAACUUUUGAAGGUCAAAACCUGUCAGAUUGCCUUGACGAACAGUUUUUAAAUGUUAGUAGGAAUUAGGUGUGUAAUUCAUACAUUCCUUUGAGGAAGUAAUGGUUGCUGAUGGUGAUCAUGAUGACUGUCUGAUGAUCUUGUUAUUCAUUAUUUUCUUAUUUGUAACCUUGCUACUAAUUUCGAUUUGUUUGUAUUUCAGCAAACAGAAAACUUUGCCUCAGAAUAUUUGUGCCAUUUCAAAUUUAAGACAUUGUAAAGUUUCAGAGUAGUUUUCGUUUUUAGACCACAAAUUAUGUGCAAUUUUAUGCUGUUUCUGGAGAGGAUGCUAUAGUUUUCUAUUUACUGAAAACCACUUCAUCGGCCAUGACAUGGCUUUGUGACGUUUUGAUUUUAAUUUGUACACAUUUCUAUUAAAUGACCUUGUGUGUUUGUUCAUAUUUAUUCAUAACUUUGGCUAUCAGUUCAGUAUUAAUUACUAGGUUAAUAUGCAUAAUAACUGGCACAUGCGCUGCCACUCUUUGCAUUUCUACUUGAAUUCUUACAGGAACAGGGUAAGAUAAAUUCGGCUGCCUCGCCUGUUUUAUUUUAAUUUUUUUUUUUUUUUUUUUGAGCUGAUGCCAUGUUGUGAUUUUUCUUAACAUUGUGCUUGACAUAGUUCUUCAUGAUGAAAAAUGAAUAGGCCCAUGUCUGUCUUAACAUUGCUCAUUUGACAAAAAACAAACAAAAAAAAUAAACAAAUAUUAAAUUGA